CAGACAUCACCCCCGUUCAAAAAAAAAUCUGUUGUGGAGUUUACGCCAUAUUUCGUUGCUGCCCCAUGGUUUAUGCUGCACGGUUUAAAUGAUCAACGUCUUCAAACGAGGUUGUAUUUGAAUUUAAACUGCAGUUUGGGGACCGCGGAAAGGAAGUUCUGUUUUUGUGUGGUCAUACCUACCUGCUCGUGCUUGCCUUGCUCGCAUUACAAUGGUUGCGUCCUGUAUUGACGUUUGCCUGGGUCCAUCAUCGCUGUGGUGCUGAAAAGAAACGAACCUGUGCGGCCGAAACGAACCUGUGCGGCCGUAGCGAGUGUAUGCUGCUGCGAAGGAUGAGGAGGUUUCUGUGGAUCUGCAGCGGUUGAAUUGCACCACAUCGCCCACUUAUUGCUGUGUUCUUGAUUUUAUCCCUCAAAACCUGGACUCUACCGGCGCAGUUUAUGAAGACUCAGUGUGGACAGUAAUGACCUCACCCUUCCAGUUGCCAGCUGGCAGUAACUACAAUGACCGAGCAUCAGAGCUGGCACAAGACAGGCAGCACACAGAGGUGGUCUGUAAUGUUCUUCUGCUGGAUAACACAGUUCAAGCCUUCAAAGUUAACAAGCACGAUCAAGGACAGGUCCUGCUGGAUGUAGUGUUCAAGCACCUGGAGCUGACGGAGAGCGACUACUUCGGCCUACAGCUGGCCAACGACUCCUCAGACAGUCAGAGGUGGCUGGAUCCAACCAAACCCAUAAGAAAGCAGUUUAAAAGGGGGUCUCCACACAGUUUAAAUUUGAGGGUUAAAUUCUUUGUAACCGACCCCAGUAAACUUCAGGAGGAGUAUACAAGGUACCAGUACUUUUUGCAGAUUAAACAGGACUUACUUAGUGGACGACUGCCGUGUCCGUACAUCACAGCCGCUCUUCUUGCUUCAUACGCUGUUCAGUCUGAGCUAGGGGACUACAGUCAGAACGAGAACUUGCCCGGCUACCUCUCCGAAUACUCUUUCAUCCCCAACGCACCACAAGACUUUGAGAAAGAGAUUGCCAAACAGCAUCAGCAACACAAGGGACUGCCUCCUGCCCAGUCAGAGUUCAAUUAUCUAAACACAGCACGGACGCUAGAGCUCUAUGGAGUCGAAUUGCACUAUGCAAGGGAUCAAAGCAACACAGAGAUUUUAAUCGGAGUGAUGUCAACUGGGAUUGUCACCUAUAAGAACAGGGUACGAAUCAACUGCUUUCCAUGGCUACAGAUUGUAAAGAUCUCGUUUAAAUGUAGACAGUUUUUCAUUCAACUCCGAAGAGAAUUGAAUGAGAGCCGUGAGGCGCUGUUAGCCUUUAACAUGGUGAACUACCGAGCCUGUAAGAACCUAUGGAAGGCCUGUGUAGAGCACCACACCUUCUUCAGACUAGACCGACCCUUACCACCACAGAAGAACUUCUUUGCACAUGUCUUCCAACUGGGCUCCAAGUACCGCUACUGUGGUAGGACAGAGGUGCAAUCUGUCCAGUACGGCAAGGAGAAGGGCAUCAAGGACAGGGUGUUCGCCAGGUCUCCCAGUAAGCCCUUGGUGAGGAGGCCGAUGGGUGGAGGGAUGGACUGGGAGUCAGUCAGCCGGAACUCCAGAGCCUCUCUGUCUGACGACCGCCUGGAGACCCAGAGCCUCCCCACACGCUCCCCACCAGGCACCCCCAACCACAGGAACUCCAAGUUUGCACAAGAGCGCCUGCGGCCGUCCUCCGUGGGACACCUGCUGGAUCAUGUGAUCUACUACGACCAUGCCUCGCCCUGCCCGACCUUCACCAAUCACAAGUCGGCCUCCUCAACCCAGGCCAACUCCAUCAGCCUGGAUUCUACCCCGUCACCAGACUCGACCAUCGACGGCCAGCCGCCCGCUCUUCCCCCUAAGCAGACCAGGAGGCCUCUGUCCAGCCAGUCCCAGUCCCACUCUCAGCAGGAGUUGGACAACCACAUCAAUGAGCUGUACGACACGCCUCUGUCAGAAGACAAGACUAUGCCCAAUGGAGUGCUUCCUCAUGACAAUCUGGUGUUCAUUAAAAUGUGCCCCGACGAACAAGGACGAUUUGGAUUCAAUGUGAAGGGUGGGCUGGACCAGAAGAUGCCUGUGAUCGUGUCCCGAGUGGCCCCGGGAACAGCGGCUGACCUGUGUGUUCCCCGGCUGAACGAGGGGGACCAGGUUGUCCUGAUCAACGGUCAGGACAUCUCAGAGCACACCCACGACCAGGUGGUCAUGUUCAUCAAGGCCAGCUGUGAGGAGAGCGACUCAGGAGAGCUGAACCUGCUGGUCAGACCCAACGCCAUGUAUGACCUGGUGGAGGAGGAGAAGCUGGAGGAUGGAGAUACGGAGUCUAACUACCAGUACUCCCCAGAGAGGGCUCCCCAGGACCAGCCUCAGGACCAGCCCCAGCCAGACCACCACCCAUCCUGCUGGAGAGACUCCAUACUACAGCUGAAAGAAGGCUUGAGCACUGGGGCCGUACAGCAACAGUUUGAUCAACUCUACCGGAAAAGGCCUGGAUUGACAAUGUCAUGUGCCAAAUUACCUCAGAACAUUUCCAAAAAUCGAUAUCGAGACAUUUCACCAUAUGAUGCAACCAGGGUUAUUCUGAAGGGCGAGGAUGGGGACUAUAUCAAUGCAAAUUACAUCAAUAUGGUGAUCCCAGCGGCCAGUGCUGUAAACCGCUACAUCGCGUGCCAGGGCCCGCUGCCCGCCACCUGCUCUGACUUCUGGAGGAUGACUUGGGAACAGGGCUCCAACAUGGUGGUCAUGCUCACCACGCAGGUGGAGAGAGGACGGGUGAAGUGUCAUCAGUAUUGGCCCAACUCUGGUGCCAUCGCUACCCAUGGGGACUUCCAGGUGUCCUGUGUGACAGAAGAAGGGAAAUCAGCAUUUCUGGUCAGAGAGAUAACUCUCACACACCUGGAGAGUGAAGAGAGCAGGCCGCUGACUCAGAUUCAGUACAUGGCCUGGCCUGACCACGGUGUUCCAGACGACUACACUGACUUCCUGGACUUUGUCAGUCUGGUCCGCACAAAGAGGGAGGGCAAGGAGGAGCCGGUGAUAGUACACUGCAGCGCUGGGAUUGGUCGGACUGGGGUGCUCAUCACCAUGGAAACAGCCAUGUGUUUGAUUGAGUGCAAUCAGCCCGUGUAUCCGUUGGAUAUCGUGAGGACAAUGAGAGACCAGAGGGCCAUGAUGAUCCAGACCCCGAGCCAGUACAGGUUUGUCUGUGAGGCGAUCCUCAAGGUGUACGAGGAGGAGCUGGUCAAACCCCUGACGCCCACAAAGCCCCUGACACCCGUAGAGUCUCUGACGCCUACAAAGCCCUUGACGACCUUAGAGCCCCUGACACUCACAAAGCCCCUGACACCCGUAGAGUCUCUGAUACCUACAAAGCCCUUGAUGACCUUAGAGCCCCUGACACCCACAAAGCUCCUGACACCCGUAGAGUCUCUGACGCCUACAAAGCCCUUGACGACCUUAGAGCCCCUGACACCCACAAAGCCCCUGACACCCGUAGAGCCCCUGACACCCACAAAGCCCCUGACACCCGUAGAGCCCCUGACACCCACAAAGCCCCUGACACCCGUAGAGCCCCUGACACCCACAAAGCCCCUGACACCCGUAGAGCCCCUGACACCCACAAAGCCAGAGGUAGAGGCAGAGACAGAGUUGGCUUUAGACCUCCUGGGACUGACUGACUGACUGAUUGACUGACAUACGGCUGCAUGGGCCUAAGCACCACCCUCUUCUUCCACAGCCUGUCUGUCUGUCUCCCAUUGUCUCAGUCACAAUAGUUUCUUCCCACAUCUUGAGUCUGGCAAGAGAAACUAGUCACAAUCAUGGAGACAACUACCGACAACCACUCAAACUGGCCUGGGAGGGGAAACAAAGCACUGUUGCACUUUAUGACGACAAAACGUGAUACUUUGGAGAAUUAACGAAAGAAGAAAAAAAAUAACAGAAGUUACGAUGAUCAACUGGAAUUUGGGAUGUAUGUAAGCAAGUGUGCCAGAUCAAGAGAGAAGUGAGAAAGAGAACAGUAGCUGGGUUGGAUUAUAUUGCUGUAGUGUCAUUACUUUCAGACAAACCUUCAUAAUGAACAGGACAACUCAAUGGAAAGUGGACUGACGUUUGUUUUCAACCCAUCAGUGCGCCAUCACCAAGUGUCAUAUCAGUGGUUUCUUCACAGACUAGUCUUUCUCUCUUUGAUUACUCCAUAGACUUAAGAGUCAAUUCGAUUUUUUAAGUCAAAAACUAUUCGUCGUCAACUGAAGAUACGUUCAGAAGUGGGUUGACCCUCUAUGUAAGGUCUUGGUAAAGCGCUCUGACUUCUACUCUAUGGUACUACUCAUAAUCUCAUUAUUCCCCUCAUUUGAGGCUAUAGGUUGUCUGAUUGUUUCGAUCAGAUGGGUACCUUUUUGAGCUUUUAUAUUUAUUAGUCUGCAGAUUGGAAUCAUCUCCCGUGCAAGUUCUUACAGCUCCAAGUCCUUUGUGAAGGUGUUCCAAACCAAGGUAAAGGCAGGGUAGGUUAGGUUAGGCACAAUGGAUGCUGCUGAGGGAAGGACGGCUCAUAAUAAUGGCUGGAAUGCAGUCACUGGCAUGGUAUCCACCACAUGGAAACCACGUGUUUGAUACCAUUCCGUUGACUCUAUUCCAGUCGUUGUUAUGAGCCGUCCUCCACUCAGCAGCCUCCACUGGUUAGGAGAGGCAUCCCGCCUCCUUUACCAUCUCAUUAGCUGAUUACCUGUCAUUGAGCUCGGCACUACGUGGUGGUGUUGUUGCUGUUUGUUUUUUUGAGGCAGCUAUUCAACUUUGAUUAAUUUUUAUGCUGGUUUUGUUAUUGCUUGUAACAGAAUGAUCUUGCCAUGCUGGAUUGGGUUGGUACAGUACCUAGAUGGUUUAUCAAGUGUCAUUGCAUCAGAUUUUGAAAUUGAAUAUGAGGUAUUCAGAGCUCUCUGUAUUGUGGGUUUUGGUACCAUGGUACUGUACAUCAGGAAUUUAGGCUGUUGGUGUACAGUACAUACAGAUGGUACAUACAUUACAUAAAUAGACUGAGCUUUCAGGACCAAUAGGUUUUUAGCCUUGUGAGUAAAAAUACAUGUUUUCAAAUUAACCAUGUGUUGAAAAGGCUCAAGCUAUAGAUUUGCUUCUGAUAUUUUUUCUAAGAGACCCUUUUUGCUUCUUGGGAAUGGACAGCACUUUUCAACUGAACGUGUAGCAUAUUUGCUGCUAUGCAUGAUUAGACCCCCCCAAAAUGAUUUUGGAAUUGUAUAUAAUUUUAUUAAUUUUUGUUGGAUAUAGACACCACUAUAGGACAUGUAAGCUAUAUGGUGUCAUCUAGAUUCGUGUAAUGUAACUAGUGUAAAUGUACUAUGUUAUAAAUUAAGGCUGAAUGAAAUUAAAAUAAUGUGAGACAAAGUUAUUUUUAUAAGAACAGAAAAGUUCAAAACUUUUCCACUGUAAAGUCCUUCUGGAUUUAGAAAGUAUUGUUAUGGGAAAGCAUUGCAAUAGAUGUAUGCUGUGUAAAAGUGCUCUCCUUAAGUUCAGUGGCAGCGGAAAGAGUUGGGAUGGGCAACAUGAAGCUCUGUACAAAGACAAAUAGAUGAAUUCAUCACCAUUAAUACUGUUAUUUUUUGCCAAUUGAAACCCACAUAAUGAUUUUAUUCCCAUGAUUUCUGGUUGAAUCAAUAGAUGUGAUUGUGCUUUUGAAAUCAGAAAGCUGGCUUGGUUGGCUUGGUCAAACAUGUUGCUGAUACUUCUGCAGUGGGUUUACGCAGUACCUUGCUGACAAUGUUUACAAUGGUUCGUGAGUUAGUUUUGUGAUUUAAAAAGGAUGUGUAUCUACUGAAAGUCCGUGUGUUUACAAAAGCUGUUGUGCGGUGGGGAACUUUGGCCCAAUCAGAUCGCUCACCCAUUGCGUCCCAAAUGGCACCCUAUUCCCUAUGUAGUGCACUACUUUUGGCUGGGCUCUGGCCCAAAGUUGUGCACUAGAUAGGGAGCCAUUUGGGACUUGUCUAUCACUUCACCAUGAAAUAGACUGAGGCACUGGAAUGUUUAUUUUACCAGGUCGUCCCAUUCAAGGUCCAACACCUCUUUUUCAAGGGAAACGUGGAUCAUAUGUUUGGUUUUUAUUGCGCAAUGCUUUUCUACCUGAUCAUCGUCAUCAUCACUUAGUAAUAGUACAACAUUCUGCACAACUGUGAUGUAAAUAUAAGCUUCAUCUGUGAACUAGUGAAAUAUAUUUCAAGAUCAAUCAGGACGAUGUACAAAUGUAAUGUUUGUGGUGAAGCUGUACAGAAAUUGAAUGUAUCCAUCUCAGUCUUUUAGUUGCUCGAAAACAUAAGGGAUGUACAAUUUGACUUUUGAGGGGAAAUAUUUUUCAUACUACUGUGCUUGUAAAUGCAGGUAAAUAUCAGAUUCUCAAUUGUGACUCAAUGGGCUCUGCCUGGUCUGCGACAUGCUCUGUGUUUUUGUUGUAAAUAGGAGCCAUAUCAUGUCAGUGAAGUGCCAAUGUACUGUAAGUAAAGUCUAAUUUCUGCUGUC